CUUCCAUUCCAAGUAUAAGUAUUUUUCAAUUCUGCGUUUUUACUUUUUCGCAUGUCUUCUCAAGCGCCUGAAACCAAUAACACCACACAAUCUCCUUCGUCUGCACUCAACCUUAAAGCUCUAGCCGUUCUUGUAGGCAUAGCAGCGAUCACCGUGGCUUUCUUUACACCUUUGCGAAACAGUCUUCCAACUCUCUUCUCCAAAUCGACACCGGCAAUUCAACGCAACAUGUCUUCUGCCACCAACAACUCUCUCAAGAUUGUCAAGCGUCCAUGCCAUCAAAGAGGCCACGCUGACCAUGGCUGGCUGUACACCUUCCACACCUUCUCCUUCGCCUCCUACUACGACCCCCGCCACGAGUCCUUCGGCCCCCUCCGCGUGAUCAACGAAGACCGCGUAGAAAAAGGCACGGGCUUCGGCACCCACUCGCACGCCGAAUUCCUCAUCUGGUCCUACAUCGUCAACGGCGAACUCGAACACAAAGACAGCAUGGGCAAUCUGGAAAACCUCAAACGUGGAGAAGUUCAAUUCACCUCUGCGGGCACGGGAAUCAGACAUUCCGAGUACAAUCGCAACAAGAAGGAAGAUGUGCAUUUCUUGCAGAUCUGGGCUAAACCUUACACCAGGGGUUUGCAGCCUAGUUAUGUUACCAGGAAGUUUACGGAUGAGAUGAAGGAGAACAAGUUGGUGAGGAUCAUGGAGGAUUUGAAGAGGCAUUCUGGCAAGGAUGCGGAGGAUCAGCCUAUUCCUUUGCAUGCGGAUUUGAGUAUGGAUGCUAGUAUCUUGGCGCCGGGCAAGAAGGUUGUGCAUGAUAUUGUUGCUGAGGGAAAGAGGAAUGUGUUUGUGCAUCUUAUCAUGGGUGGCAGGACACAGCCAAAGUCUGGAGGUGCCAAGAUCAAGGUCGGCGAUGUUGAGUUGGGUGAGGGUGAUGGUGCCUACAUCACCAACGCUACUGGACCUGGCAAAAUCGAGGUGGAGAGCGUGGGAGACAAGCCUGCCGAGUUCUUGUUGUUCGACAUGGGUCUCUAG